CCCUCGCGAGGCAUGGAAGCAAGCACUCACACACUCCGAGCUCAUCCCAUUCGGUUCGAUCAGUAUUGUCUGUGCGACCGAGAACCAGCAAGUGUUCUCUUCGAUAUUUCAAUCAAUUUAAAUAUAUAUUUGACGAAGAGUAAACUAAUUUAUUCUUGCGUCGGAGAACUAUUAUUCUGCCAUUUACAAAGACUUAAGGAUCGUUUUAAAACCAGAUUAAUUAUCGCUAUGUAGAUGUCUCGGUUGGAGUACUAGGAACGGGAGGACGCUGAUCUGUGUUCCAAGAUGAGUGGGACCAACGCGACGUCUGGAGCGGCGCCCUGCCGCUUCGCUCACUACUUUGUGAUAUGCGGAAUAGACACCGAAACUGGGCUGGAACCGGACGAAUUAGCCGCUUUGUACCAAUGGCUAGAGGCUGACCGCCAAGGCAGGGACCCCGAUACAGCAGCCGCAGGGGAGAACUUUGAGCAGAGCCCCCUGAAGAGGACGUUUAAGUCUAAAGUCCUGGCCCACUACCCUGAGAACGUUGAGUGGAACCCUUUCGACCAGGAUGCUGUCAACAUGCUCUGUAUGCCCAAAGGCCUGUCGUUCAGGACACAGGCAGACAGCCGCGAGCCCCAGUUCCACUCGUUCCUGAUCACGCGGGAGGACGGCUCUCGCACCUACGGCUUCGUCCACACCUUCUACGAGGAGGUGACGUCGCCUCAGAUCUGCUCGGCCAUGCAGACCCUCUACCAGAUGCACCAGGCUGAGAACCCUUCCUCCGCCACCCCCUCCUCCUCUUCCUCCUCCAGCAUGGACUCUCUGGCUAGCAGCCUCGACGAAGCAGAUCCUCCAUCUUCCUCCUCGUGCCGGUCGGCGGCGUGCGGCGGCUACGACGCGUCGCGGGACACCCUCUACGUCUCCAAGGCGUUGUGUCUGAUCACGCCCAUGCCCUUCAUGCACGGCUGCCGCCGUUUCCUGUCCCAGAUGCACCGGGCCGUCACGGCCGCCUCGCCCCCGCCCCUCCCCCUGGAGAGCUACGUGCACAACAUCCUGUACGAGGUGCCCCUGCCCCCCCCGGGGCGCUCGCUGAAGUUCCACGGGGUGUACGAGCCCAUCGUGUGUCAGCGUCCUGGGCCCGGGGAGCUGCCUCUGGCUGACUUCCCUCUGGGCCAGACCUUCACUCUGCUGGGGAUAGAGAACCUGGUGCAGCUGUUCAACUGUACGCUGCUGGAGAUGCAGAUUCUGCUCUACUCACAGGACUACCAGCGGUUGAUGACAGUUGCGGAGGGCAUCACCACCCUGCUCUUCCCGUUCCAGUGGCAGCAUGUCUACGUGCCCAUCCUACCCGCCUCACUGCUGCACUUCCUGGAUGCCCCCGUGCCCUACCUCAUGGGCCUGCAGUCCAAGGAGGGCACCGACCGCUCCAAACUAGAGCUGCCACAGGAGGCUAACCUGUGCUUCGUGGACAUUGACAACCACUGCAUCGAGCUGCCUGAGGACUUCCCCCAGUUCCCUAACAAACCAGAGUUCAUCCAGGAGCUCAGUGAAGUCCUCCUCCGCUAUGGAAUAUCCCCAGUGGGGGGCGCUCCUCCAACCUCUGUCCCCACCACCACCACCACCCCUGGGUCCGUCUCUACCCGUCACCCUGGUCUGAAGAGCCAACAGGCCCUGAGGGAGCUAGAGGACGAUGGGAGGAAUGGGAACCUAGGCGGGGAGCAGUUAGCUGUGUUGGAGCUUCUCCAAGGGAACACUACUCUGGAAAGACUCCAGGCUCUGGCUAAGAGAACGGGGGUCCGUGUGGAAGCCCUGAGGGGGGUAGGGGGUGAGGGAGAGGGCCAGGGGGGGAGGACGGCAGUCGAAGAGGAGGAGCUGAGGAACGCUAAGCUGAAUGUACAGCUGAGGGAGGUGUUCGCUAGCAGGUUUACCACAAUGUUCGCGGACUAUGAGGCCUUCGUCAUCCAAAGCGCUCCGGACCUGGAGUCCUGGCUCACCAACCGAGAGCAGAUGCACAACUUUGAUAAGGCAUCCUUCCUAUCUGACCAGCCGGAGCCCUACCUGCCCUUCCUGUCCCACUUCAUCGAGACCCAGAUGUUCGCCACCUUCAUCGACAACAAGAUCAUGUCCCAAUGGGAGGAGAAGGAGCCGCUGCUCCGCGUGUUCGACGGACGCAUCGAUAAAGCUCGUCUAUACAAUGUUAGAGCCCCAAGUCUGCGAUCCUCCAACUACCAGAGGUGCACCGUCCUCAAGGAGUCAGCCCAGGCCAUCGAACAGCGGAUGAUGAAGAUCGACCACACAGCCAUCCACCCCCACCUGUUGGAUAUGAAGAUUGGACAGGGCAAAUAUGAACAGGGCUUCUUCCCCAAGCUGCAGUCUGACGUGCUCUCAGUCGGACCCACCAAUAACAACAGGUGGUCCAAUCGUACUGCUACGGCUCAGCGUAGGAAAGACCGUCACAGACAACAAACAGAACACCUGACUCUAGAUAACGACCUCAAAGAGCAGGUAGAGGGGUGUCUAGUCCUGCAGAACUCCAUGGCGUUUUGGGAGUGGGACAAGGCGUCUCCACCGCCCCUCAAACCACCAAAAAAGUCUGCCUCUGAGUGCUGCCUGAAGUACAUGCAGGAGGCUCGGAGCCUGGGGAAGAACCUCCGUCAGCCCAAGCUGUCUGACCUCUCACCUGCCGUCAUCGCUCAGACCAACUGGAAGUUUGUAGAGGGACUACUCAAGGAGUGUCGCAUGAAGACUAAGCGUAUGUUGGUGGAGAAGAUGGGCAGGGAGGCAGUUGAGCUGGGUCAUGGGGAGGCCAACAUCACAGGUCUGGAGGAGAACACUCUCAUCGCCUCCCUCUGUGACCUGCUGGAGAGGAUAUGGAGCCACGGCCUACAAGUCAAACAGGGGAAGUCAGCUCUGUGGUCCCACCUUCUGCACUACCAGGCCAGAGAGGAGAAACUGGAGCAGCAGCAGGCAGAGUCACCAGUGUCAAAUGGUCCAGAGAGACGAAAGUCUGAGUCGUCAAUAGGGAUGCCAUCACUGCGAGCGUCCGUCAUACAGGAUAUGAGGCACAUCCAGAGUAUGGGGGAGAUAAAGACUGAUGUGGGCAGAGCGAGGGCCUGGAUCCGUCUUUCUCUGGAGAAGAAGCUACUCUCCCAACACCUCAAACAGCUGCUGUCCCGCCAAGCCUUAACCAAGAAGUUGUAUAAGCGCUACGCCUUCCUGCGCUGUGAGGAGGAGAAGGAGCAGUUCCUGUUUCACCUGCUCUCCCUCAACACUGUCGACUACUUUUGUUUCACCAGUGUCUUCACCACCAUCAUGAUCCCGUACCGCGCCGUCAUCAUCCCCAUCAAGAAGCUGAGCAACGCCAUGACGACCUCCAACCCGUGGGUGUGUGUGUCGGGUGAGCUGGGUGACUCGGGCGUCAGGCAGAUCACCAAGAACAUCCUGGAGAUGACCUUCGAUUCUGCUUUCAGGCCACACACUCACAUCGACGCCAUGUUCAAGUGUCAAAACCUGGGUAAGCUGACUACAGUCCAGUUGGGUCAUGAUAACUCUGGGCUGCUGGCUAAAUGGUUGGUGGACUGUGUCAUGGUCCGCAACGAGAUCACAGGACACACCUACAAGUUCCCGUGUGGGCGGUGGCUUGGCAAAGGCGUGGACGAUGGCAGUCUGGAGCGCGUUCUGAUUGGUGAGCUGGCGUUGCCCAACGCCGAUGAGGAUUUUGGGAGAGGGUGUCGCACGCCUGACAUGCAGCAUUCGCCGGGUCAGACCAGACGCGUCAGCAUCACCUCGAUGGGAGGACGCGGAUACAAGCCCACCUCAGCUCAAAUCCAGGAGGCCAUCGGCGAGGCAGUGAAUAGCAUCUGCAAGCACUUCCACAAGCCUGAGAAAGAGAGGGGCAGUCUGACCAUCCUGCUGUGUGGUGAGGUCGGUCUGGUCGGGGCUCUGGAGCUGUUCUUCCACAACGGCUUCAAGUCCGCCCGCCUCUUCCAGAAGACCGUCUUUGUCUGGGACUUUGUGGAGAAGGCGGUGGCUUACAUGGAGUCAGCAGACCAGAUGGGGGACAUGCAGGAGACUGCUGAGCCCAUGGGCCUGACCUGUGUCUCUCUCUGUCACUAUGUCAGUGCCAUCAACUCCUCGCCCAGGAACAUUGGCAAGGACGGCAAGUUCCAGCUGCUUGUCUGCCUGGGGGCCAGAGAUCGUCUGCUGAUUCAGUGGCUCCCUCUGUUGGUGGAGUGUCCAGUGAUCCAGCGGAUGUACGAGGAGUCUGCUCUGCUGCGGGACCGGACCACAGUCAACGCUCUCAUCGCUGUCCUGCAGACCCUCCACGACUUCCCCAUCACCCUGGAGGCCUCGCUUGUCAAGGGCAUCGACCUUUAACCCCUACCGCACAGCCUGCUGGGAAACCACCCAGCCCGUGACUACAUUACCCACAAACCCUUGCUCUGUUCCCUUUUGCCCUUUCACUGUUGUUGUUGUUGAGGCAUGCUUCAGCUGAUUCACUCUGGGAAAAGUCACCUCCUAGGGAGGAAGUAGGAAGUGAGGACUAUGUAAAGAGACGAGAUGGUUCGCUACCAAAGCAAUCAAUUCCACUGCUGCAGAGCAGAAGCUUGGGCUUUGGAUCAUUGAGUGAUGAUGCAGUAUUAUUAUUACAUAGCUUGUGGUUUUGAAAAAUAUCCUUUUUGAUAUUUAAUAAGAAGGGACCGUUUUUAAAGAAAACCCAUGGAUGUUUCACUAUGUGCUAGAUGUGUGUAGCCCACUGUAGGUAGCUCUUCAAUGGACACUUAACCUGUGUGAUGGAGAUCCUAUCUCUCUGUCUGCUGGAUCCUGCUCUAACUUCAGCUAGCGUUAGCAAGCAUGCCUGUGGGUCAUAGUCAGCCAGGAAAAAGGAAACAAAAACAGAAGGUGGCUGUUUGGGCCUGCUGCCUCUCCAUAGUCUCUGCACUGGGAAUAUCUGUGGGUGAAACCUCAUCAUUUGGAUGAAGAUGACAACAAAGGAAAGGAGAACUGGAUUUAUCUGCUUUCAGCACUACACUGAGUUGUGUGUAACGCAGAUUUUUGAUUGGAUUUUGGCUCAUUUCUCUGUUGGACUGGAUUCACCUACUGUGUUGGACUGAACAUUUGCUCUGCUUUGAGAUUGGCUAGCAGAUCUUGGUGGACACAACCACUGCACUGGAUUGGAUAGGUCUUUCCUAGGAGGACAGCAGCUUUUCUAGGGUUGCGUGGACAUUCCAACCAAAUUACCGGCAUUGACCUGACCCUAUUUCAAACUGUGUGUGUGCUUGUGUAUGUACAGAGUGUCCAAAACCAUUAAGAACACCUUCCUAAUAUUGAGAUUUGGGGCACCUCCCCCUUUUGCCCUCAGAACAGCCCGAAUUCAUCGGUGCA